CUCUCACUAUGGCUAAGAUAACGACACUACUCCUCUUCUUGUUCUUCUUCACGCUCCUCAUCACUACCUCUUUAUCUAAAAAUCUCUGUCACAAAGAUGACAAGAACACACUCCUCAAAAUCAAGAAGUCACUUAACAACCCUUACAACGUCAUCUCCUGGGACCCAAAAGAAGACUGCUGCACUUGGGUCUCCGUUGAGUGCGGCGACGCCACCGUUAACCACCGUGUCACCUCCCUAGACAUUUCAGACGACAAGAUAUCAGCUCAGAUCCCUCCUGAAGUCGGUGACUUACCUUAUCUGCAAACACUCAUCUUCCGCAAACUCUCUAACCUCACCGGCCCAAUCCAACCCACCAUCGCCAAGCUCAAAUAUCUACGUUUCCUCAGGCUUAGCUGGACCAACCUGACCGGUCCGGUUCCUGAUUUUCUUAGCCAGCUCAAGGAUCUUGAGUACAUAGACCUUUCUUACAAUGACCUAUCUGGUUCCAUACCUAGCUCUCUUGCUUUGUUACCUAAACUUGGGUAUCUUGAACUCAGCAGAAACAAGCUCACAGGUCCAAUACCAGAGUCAUUUGGCUCGUUUCCAGGAGAAGUCCCUGACCUUUUCCUAUCACACAACCAACUCUCUGGUUCAAUACCAAAGUCACUAGGCAAGCUAGACUUUUACAGGAUCGAUCUUUCUCGUAACAAGCUCAAAGGUGAUGUAUCAAUGUUGUUUGGUGCCAAUAAAAAGACAUGGAUUAUUGAUAUAUCGAGAAACAUGUUCCAGUUUGAUAUCUCAAAGGUUAAAGUCGCAAAGACAGUUAAUCUCUUGGACUUGAAUCACAAUGGGAUCACAGGGAGUAUCCCUGUUCAGUGGACAGAACUUAGUCUUCAGACAUUUAAUGUUAGCUAUAAUAGAUUGUGUGGACCUAUCCCCAAGGGAGGGGAUCUUCAGAGAUUUGAUGCUUAUGCUUAUCUUCACAACAAGUGUUUGUGUGGUGCACCUCUUCAGAGAUGCAAGUGACGGUUUAAGUGACCAAGCCUUUCUUUAUUACCAUCAGAAAAAAUAAAGUCUUAAAGACAUUAUGUAUUUUUUUCAUGAGGAAUGAUUAAUAAAAAUAUGAAGCAAAUGUGCAUUAGGUGAAUCAUAGCACAUUUUCAAAAUGCAUUUGAUCAAUUGGCUAGCAACGCUCGAGUGGGGCACCACAUAAACAGAGCAAAACCAUUAAAAUGUUUGAAACUUUUUUAAUGGAGUCAAAUAGAUGGAGUGAUAAUUAAUGAAUCUUGAGCCAUUAACUGUUGAUAAAACUUAUUGAGCUAAUUUUUUUUGGGAUAUCAUUGCACUCUGUUCUCAAUAUGAUUGUUGCAGAUCUCACUAUUUGAUGAUCUCUGAAAUUGAGACUCCAUCUCUUUUUUUUACUUUUUUUGUUUUGAACACAAAUUGAGACUCUAUCUCAUAUUCUUUUUUUUUAGCUACAUAUAUUCUCUUGUCUUCCAACUUUGUAAUCCAUAGGAUAUGACACACUGAAAUUUUGUUAUAUACUUAUAUUCUUUGUAGAUUUAUAGACACAUCCAUGUGAGAUUCUAAAUGUCCAACACAUGAUAUGUUUUUGCCACAUUUGGAAGAAACAAGUUUUUACUAGAUUUUCUUUUUUAGUAACAAAAUAAAUGCUUCCUUUGUAAAUUGUCUUUUACUUUAUACAGAGUAAAUAACCACUCAAUUUUCACAUAUU